AAUUGUGCUUCGUUUGCUUUGUUCAGGGCUUGACCAAUAGAAGUUGGUUAGCUUGCCUUGAACGCUUCCAGGUUCGGUAGACAAGCAGGCGAGACGAAGAGCUUCAUACAAGGUCCAGUGAGCUGUUUGGUCUUUUCCCAGAUCCGCCUAUCAACACGUCCUUGUUCCUGUAAUAGAAACCGAUCGAGCUGCUCCUUUCCUUUUCCUCUGACAGAAGACCAUGGAGACGGAAAUUGAUCAGCAAGAGGAGACCUCAUUUGGCAACACAGAAACUAAUGGUAAGCGUCCUGCUGAGGAUGCAGAUGAGCAUAAAUCAUUCAAGCGCUCCAGGAACUCUGAUGAAAUGGUUGAGCUGCGCAUUCUCCUGCAGAGCAAAAAUGCUGGAGCUGUAAUUGGAAAAGGUGGCAAAAACAUUAAAGCUCUUCGCUCAGAUUACAAUGCCAGUGUGUCAGUCCCAGACAGCAGUGGGCCUGAGCGAAUCCUGAGCAUCAGUGCAGACAUUGAAACUGUUGGUGAAAUCCUGCUGAAGAUUAUCCCUACAUUGGAAGAGUACCAGCAGUACAACGGCAUGGACUUUGACUGUGAGCUGCGUCUGCUGAUCCACCAGAGCCUGGCUGGCUCAAUCAUCGGGGUGAAGGGAGCUAAAAUCAAAGAGCUCCGUGAGAACACAAAGACCAGCAUCAAGCUGUUUCAGGAGUGUUGUCCUCAGUCGACAGAUCGAGUUGUGCUCGUUGGUGGUAAAAGUGAACGGGUGGUGGAAUGUGUCAAGACUAUGUUGGAGCUCAUCUCUGAAGCACCUAUAAAAGGUCGCACACAGCCGUAUGACCCAAACUUUUAUGAUGAAACGUACGAAUACGGUGGUUUUACCAUGUUCGAGGAAAGAGGCGGCGGUCGCAGACUCAUGGGAAGUUUCCCCAUGCGAGGAAGCAGGUCUAGUGGCGAUCGUGGGUACGAUCGAAUGCCUUCCAGCAGGGUGGGGCGGGGUCCGCUGCCUCCCUCCCGGCGUGACUAUGAUGACAUCAGUCCCCGUCGAGGUCCUCCUCCUCCUCACCACAGUAGGGUUGUCAGGCCAAGCGGCCGUUCUCGCAACAUGCCCAUGGGACACCCACACAGAGGAGGAGAUGAUCGUUACUAUGAUUCGUACCGUGGCUCAGAUGAAAGGUCAAAUGACAGAAGAAGCAGACCGGAUCGCUAUGGCGAUAAUAUGCCCCAACCAAAUGACCAUAAUCGCCACAUCCGGAAACACCCUAGUGGUGGAUAUGACAACAGUUCUUCCUGGGAUAGCUACCAGUCAGGUGGACGUGGCUCCUAUAGUGAUAUGGGUGGCCCUGUUAUCACCACACAAGUGACCAUACCUAAAGAUCUGGCUGGCUCAAUUAUUGGUAAGGGAGGUCAAAGGAUCAAGCAGAUUCGGCAUGAAUCUGGAGCUUCCAUCAAGAUCGAUGAACCUUUGGAAGGUUCUGAGGACCGAAUCAUUACCAUUACUGGCACACAGGAUCAGAUCCAGAACGCCCAGUACCUUCUACAGAACAGUGUGAAGCAGUACUCUGGUCACUUGCUGUAAACCCAAGGAGGCACAGAUUGGACCAGACACAGAGUGACUAUUAUUCUGGAUUGUGGAUUUUUUUUAGGUUUAUUUUUAUAUAUUUUUUUAAUUAAUUCAAUGUCCAACAUUCCUUUCCACCAAGGAAAAUUUAACCAGUAGAUUGACAUUUUUAAGAGUGUAGUACAAUAGUCAAAACUGAUUUUUCUUUUGUUUUUUCUAUCACUCAUAUCAAAAUGUCUGACUUCCUCCAGAUAGAAAUGGCUAUACAUUUUUCAUGGUUUUGUUUUCAUGCUUAAAUGUGUAUGUUUGUGUCUGCAAAUGUUUCCAUGUGUGUAUGUGCCUGUGCAGCUGUUUAUCAUAUGGCAGUGUGGGAGUUUGAGUGGUUCGUCUGACUCGUCACUCAUUUUUACUCAGCAAAAUGCUAACUGGGUCUUUUUUGUAGAGCUUUGAGGAACUUGACUUUGCUGAUGGGGUUUUGUUUUUUGGGAAUUGAGCAGCAAACGCAGAAGUCUGUUUGUAUGAAUUCAGUUGUUCUGUGAUGAACCAGAAUCUUUUGAGUAAUUUCACAAAUGUAAACAUGUUUGUAGUGAAACAUUUGUUAUAGACUUUGUUGGAGAGUUGAAAAUUUGUAUUCAGAUUUUUCUUCCUGUAUCUUAUUUUUUUCUUUUCUCUCUGUAUUUUUCCCAUAAACAUGUGCUCUUCAUUAAGUUGACUUCACAUUGUCAAAUUCUAAGACAAAUAAAGCUGAUGCCACUUUUUAUUGAACUG